AUGGAUGUGCAUGCUGAAAGAAACGUUGUGACAUGGAACGAUCCAAGAAUACAACAAUUAACAUCAAAAAGAUCAAAAAGUUCGAGCAAUGAAUUUCCAGUAAAUAACCAUCUGGGAUCGGUGGCUCUUCCGCCUCAAUAUAAAUAUAUGCCACAGCAACAACAGCAAUAUCAGAAUGUAGCCAUUAAUCAACCUCCACCUUCUGGAUAUCAAUAUAGUCAACAAUCUCAUAGAUCAAAUACUUUUUCGCAUCAGCAACAGCAGGAGCAACUACAAUAUUAUCAAAAUCACCAACAACUGCCUUCACCGCAAUUUCAAGGUCAACAUAGGUCAUUUGAUCUAAAGAAAGCUGGAAAAGGAUUAUUAAAACAAUUAAAAUCAAGUAAAGCUAAGCUAUCGAAGAGAUCUUCACAGCAACAAUAUCCACCGGAAGGAGUUAGACCCCCCGUUGAUCAAUCUACCCGAGAUGUCUAUAACAAUAAUGUUAAUCAUCCUUAUGGAUUUUAUGGACCAGCAAUCGGACAAAAACCUCCUUUUAAUGUCCAAUUAGUUGAUCCCCCCAUGCAACAAUCACAUUCUCAAGUACAAUUGCAACAGCAACAAAUACAACAAAAUGAACCAUCACCCGACAUAAAAAUCGGAGUACUACCAAAAAAGAAAGAAUCUACCAAUCAAUAUACGUCUAAUUAUCAAUAUCAACAAUCUCAAAUUUAUUAUCCGCCACCACCUCCAAUUGAAUACCCACCCCCGCCUACUGAGUAUCCACCCCCGCCUACUGAGUAUCUACCUACGCCUACUGAGUAUCCACCCCCACCUACUGAGUAUCCACCUCCGCCUACCGAAUAUCCAGCAUAUCCUCCAGAUGUUUCUCCGAAAAUUUCUAAUUCUAUGGCAUCGCCUUCACCUUCAACAAUUGUGCACGAAUCUCCAAAGCAAUUAAUGUAUUCGCUAUCUCAUACUAAUUAUCCUCAACAAUCAAAAGAAAAUGAUUAUGAUUCACAAAAUCUAACACCCAUUAUCAAAUCAAGUCAGCAAUUAACACCACCAUCCGAUUCGAAACCUAUUGACCAUUCUCCUCAAUCACAAUCUUCUUCACAACAAUCUGAACAACUUAAAUAUCCGCCUCCAAAUUAUCUUCCGCCUGAUCAAAAUCAAUCCCCAACUUCUAUAUCACAAUCUGUUGUUCAACCCCAAAAUCUGGUAUCAAAAACUUCACACGAGCUGCAAAUUAAAUAUCCUCCAAAUUACCUUCCACCUCAUCAGAACCAGCCUCCACAAUCUGAUUUGUCAACUUCUUAUCGUCAUGAUUAUUCUUCUCCACAAUCACAGCAAGCUAAAUCACAAGUUCAAUCACAACAAGUUCAAUCACAAGGACCUCAAUUACGUGAUGCUCAAUCACAACAAGCUCAAUCACGACAGCCACCGCCACAACAACAAUACGAUUCACAAAAUUCUACCGAGUCCUUCUCGCAAGCAAGAUAUGAAGCAUCCCAUACGGGACCGAUCAAUGCUUCAGUUGGUUCUUCGAAUGAAGAAUUGACUUCUUUGCAUUUGAAAAAUAAAACGGAAGAAGCGCCAGAUACCGAGAUUUCUCAGGAUAAAUCGAUCGAUACUUCGGUUGGAUCUCCGAAUGUACAAUCGAAUCCUUUGCAUUUGAAUUCUAAAGCAGAAGAAGCGCCAAAUACUGAAUUUCCUCAGAAUAAAUACCCGCCUUCAGAUUAUCCACCUCAAUAUUAUUCACAAUCUGCGGAACUUUCGCAAUCUGGAAGUUACGAGGCGUCCGUUCAACAAAAUUAUCACCAGCCACUUGAUCAGCAAAAAUCAAAGUCACUGCAUCCGAUUCAAUUCUUUCCUCCAGCAACGAUUUCAUCAAUUCCCACCCAAAAUUCUGACAAGCCAUAUCCAACGCCUCCCUCUGAUGUUAAUCCGAAACCUUCGUCGUCUUUUAUAUCUGAAAAUGAUCAAGCUAUGACCACUACUCAUUCUCAGAAUCAAACCCAAAAAUAUUCUCCGACAUCAUCCUUUUCUGAACGUCAAUCUAUUUAUAACCAAUCUAGUUUUUCUUCACCUCCAGAUCAGAAACGGGUCUCGGUAUCUUCAAAUCAACCAUCGCAAUACAUAGUUCCAAUUUUAUCCGAACAGACUCAGAUUCAGACUCAAAAGACCCCACCCGUGCAUCAUUCUCCGAAUUAUCCUCCUCCACCUUCUUAUCAAGGACAUUAUCAAUAUACCAACUAUUUGCCAUCGACAGAGCAAAAAAAUCAAUUUAGUAAUCCACUUCAAUGGAAGCCUCCGUUUGAUCCAUUGGUUCAGACUUCAGGUGCUGUUGUCUCAUCAUCUACAAAUACUAUGGCAACAACUGUUCAAUCCAAUUCUUCUAAUAUAAAAACUCAAGAACACGUAAGCCAACAAGAAAUCGAAGAUAGUAUUAACCAAUUGAUGAAAAAUUCAACUAUAUCGCCUCAAGAAAACAUAAGUCAGCAACCAGACGAUAUCACCGAAUUAAUGAAAACUAUCGAGCUCGGGUCACCUAAACCAUCUGAAGACCAACAACAAAAUUUAUUGCUGCAAAAACCAUUUUCACAAAAACCAACGGAACAACAGCAACAAUCUCAGUAUCCACAUCAAGCACCACCACAAGUAUAUCAUUAUCAGCCGCCGCAGCAACAAUCUCAGUAUUAUCAACAGCAACAAUAUUUGCAAGCUAGAUUUUCUAGCACUAUUCCUGGUGCUGCUUCAAAUGUUGUGAGACCUGGCAUUACGUUACACGAUCCUGGAUUUUUGAGUCGACCGGGUGGUGGUGUUUCGGUUCCUACUAACACAUCUCAACAUCAACAGCCAUAUCUGCAGCAACAGAAUUCACAACAUAUGCAAAAUCAAAAGCAAUAUUAUUAA